CCAGACCUCCAACAGAAACCAAUAGUAAAAUGGGGACACUGUUGUUCCUUACUGCUAAUUUAUUUACAAUAUUUUUUUAGGGUUUUAAAACAUUUUUUAUAAACCCCGAAUAGCAUUAAAAAGGAAAACGAAGAAAUUCCCAUUCUCUCUAUCUUCUCUUUAGGUUUUAAUGCUGUAAGCUGGUAAACCUUCUUAUCCUCAUGCAUGCUAUAAAAGGUGGGUGGGUUGGGCAAACAUUUGCCCUAGCUAAGUGCAAUGAGUCCGGAGGGAAGAAGACUCGGGUUCGGCGUUCAAAGGAGGAAAGGAAGUCAAUGGUUGAAUCUUUUAUAAAGAAGUAUCAAGAAUCAAACAAUGGGAAUUUUCCAUCUCUUAACCUCACCCACAAGGAAGUUGGUGGGUCUUUCUACAUAAUACGGGAGAUUGUGCGAGAGAUAAUUCAAGAAAAUAGAGUGUUGGGUCCUGCUAAGUUGACUGAAGGGGAACAUGACAUUGAUCGGUUCUUGCAACAAAAUCCACUGGGUUCCAUUUCAACUCCACCCGAACCUCUUCUGUCCGAACAAUCAAAUGGAAGUUCUUUUGUUCCUAGUCAUCAUGAGGAUGAAAGUGAUGAAUCGGUUAUGAUUACUAAUGGGAAUUCUAUGGAAUCUGAAAAUAAAGAGUUUGGCAGUGAAAAAAUUAUUAAUGGGAAUCUUGUUGAUGUGACAAAUGGAACUGAUAAAGCAGCACUUGUAGAAGUGCAAGUAAUUGAACCUCCUGAAAGUGAUAAAAGUAAAAAGGAAACAUAUGUAUUCACAUCUAAAGUCAUUCAAGUAGAAGCAGAUAUAGUAGUAGAGACGUUUCCCUUGCGGCCUGUUGCUAAGCCAACUGAUAGCAUCGAUGGAAUUUCUAGCGAAGUUGGGAAAUUAAAUGAAAAUUUGGAUAAAACGGAAAAUGGGAAGCUGAAUGUGAGUCAAGAAAAUGGUAGUUUUAAGUUGGAUGGUAUGAAUUCCUCUGAGGUUUCUGUGUUGACAGAUGAUGGUAAAGAAGUAGAAAACAAUGUGGAUUUGUUGUUGGAAAAGAAUUCCAAUUUAACAGAUAAGAAAAUGGUGGAAAGCAUUUCAGAUCCGUUAUCAGAAAGCUCAGAAUGCUCUACUGGGGGAACUGCUAAGCUUGGUACUCCCAAUGGUGCAGCAUUAGAGGUCUCUCGAACUGAUACUUUAAUGUCGGAUACAAAUGAACAAAGCAAAGCAAUUGUUGGAGAGGCAAUAAAUGUUUCAAAUGGUGUCCACCCAAAAAAUCAUGGCACUUAUGAGUCAACAUCGGAGAGGGCCGUUGCAGUUGAAAGUAAAGUUGACGCGCAGCAUGUCAACUCAAAGAAAGGAAGCAGUAAAACAUUAGACCGAAUUAAUCUUGAAUCAUGGGAAGGGACAUCGAAAAGCAGUGCAGAAUCUGAAACUAACCCCCUUUGGACUAUCUUUAAAUCCUUUGUUACCGCCUGUAUAAACUUCUGGUCUGAGUAACAGUUCGCGGGAGAGUGAUACAUAUUUUAUUAGGGAAUUAGUAACUACUAGAGCGUGUUGUUCUUUUCUUUUGUGUUAGCCUAUUAAAUGUUUGCACCAUACUAAGUACUGUUUACGACAUUACAAGAGUUCUGGGGGUAUAUCGGUGGCUCAUGGACUGAACUAGAUAUGGCAUCUAGUGAUAAUAGUUUAGUGCAAUGUUCCUUCGGUCUAUUGGAAUACAAUGGUGCUAUUUUGUGAACAGAAUUAGCUUGAAUUUCAAAUGCAAUUAAAGGUGAUAUGUUUUGUA